AUAAAGAUAAAUGUCAUUUUUUUUACCCAUUAUAACCUAACCUCAAUAAACAUACAGAAAAAUAAACCUUUGUCUAAAAUGUCUACAUUUCAUGCAAUUAAACAGUUAGAAGACAAAAAUGUUCCGGUUGAAAUUAGUAAUAUGGUUUGGAGUGACCGCAUGGACCUUGUGGCCCUUUCCAACAUGAAAGGAGAGGUAGCAUUGCAUCGAUUAUCAUGGACGAAAGCUUGGAAUUUGAGCCCUCCAAAGGAAAAUGUCGAAGUAAAUGCUAUGGCCUGGAGGCCAGAUGGAAAAGUGCUGGCUAUUGGCUAUAACUCUGGUGAAGUUGUCUUAGUUGGUAUUGAGAAUAAGAAAACUCUUAACAUCAAAGAUUUAGGUGCUGAAAUAACAUGUUUAUCUUGGGUACAAGAGAAGACAGAAGCCAAAUCGAAAGAAUCAUUUACAUUGAAAGAAGAACGACCAAAAAACUAUAUGGAGUACAUAGAUCUUUCAAAAUUGUACUUAAAGGAUCCUGUUCCAAUAUCUAAUGCAGACACUUCAAACGCCGAAGAGGUUAAAGAAACCAACUUUAUGCAAGAUCAAACAGAUCUGAAUUUACUUUUAAUCGGAACAAAGAAAGGCCAUCUUCAUAUAAGAAUAUUUGGAUGUUUCACAUGUGUUAUUUUGAACAUGACUGAGUUUUUGGAAACAGCAUGUUCAAUCGAACAUGUACAAAUGAGUGAAGACCUUAGUAAAAUUUUUGUAACUGUUAAAGAUCCUGAAUUUAAUGUAAAAAUGGUUGUGUUAGAGAGCCAGAUAUUCAAAACUCACACUCAAGAGUUGUUCUGUGUAGCUCUUAAAUAUGUGAAGCUGAUAGAUCUAAUUACAUACCUGAAAAACACCAUAACAGAUAUAACAGAAACCUGGGAAAGCUUUCUGUUAGAAAUUGAUAACAAGUUAUCGAAAUAUGCCAAAAAGGUACCAGAAGGUGGAGUAACUGCUGAUUUUCUUGAUCUUUUAAUGUUUGGUAUAUGUUCUCCGGAGUUGGAAGAAUUUCUGAUUACAGAUCUUACUAAAAAAGGUUUAGAAAAAUUUGGUAAGACAAUUGAAAUGAGCUACGCUAACAUGCAGAUAUUGCUAAUGAGGCACGUUACUAGAUAUGGACAGAAUAUAACUUACCAUUUAGCAGAACUAAGAGGGAUGUCAAGACUGGCACAUAGAUAUGAGGUAAUUGGUUUAAAGCAAGAACAAAUAACUGCUUCUGUACAAUCAGCAGGAUCCUUCCUCAUAAAGGCGGGAGAGAUACAACAAAUCAUUAAUCACUCUAUAAUAAACUAUAAAGCAUUCUUCAGAUGGCUCUAUGGCGCCAUUUUGUUUUUAAUGGACGAAACAAUCCCAUCCGAAGUUCAUAAAAUUGCUCAACAGGAUUUGGCAUAUAUUACAGAGUUUUUGCAGAAUUUCGAUCAUAUUGGUAACAAAGAUGGCUCUAAUACUAAAGGAUUUAUCAUGGAACGUUUGGGACAAUAUUUAGUAGAUGCCCCCUUAGUAUUCAUCCCCAAUAUGGACAGCAACGAUUGGACAACAUUUUUAAACGAAAGUAAAUGUGUUCAAAAACACAGAAGUAUACUAAAACACAACAAAACAACUUCAUUAAUUCAACAAUUCAAAGAGUUAUCUAACAGUGUGAAUGAUAUUUUUGAAGCUCCAAAAGACGCUUUACAGGAACAAUUCAAGUAUAUCCAUACCUUCGACUGCUUCAAUUUUGGGGAAGCUCGUCUGAGAACAACUUCGAUAAAUAUAAGCAAAGAGGUGUUGCUUUUUUCGUAUUUGGAACCUAGCAGUCACAUUUUCGUUUUAGAAAUUCACGUGAAUGAUGAGAAGAAGUGUCAGGCACGUUGUGGAAAGUUCUAUUUCACUCACUUGCCAGAGGAGACGGCUGACAUAUACGAAAUAUUAGAUCUUGCCUUCUACUCGAAUAGUAUCCUUUCUUUGCUCUUACAGGAAAAGGCCGGGAAUAAAUCGGGUACUCUAUUACAAUUUUCUUUAUCUCUAGCUAUGGAAAAAUUAACUGAAAUCGAAAUUCACACAGAAAUAUCUAAAUCAGUCGUAUUCACUUCCAAUGGAUCCAGUUUCAAUCCGAAAUUGUACAAAAGUGUCGAAAUGGCAGCUUCGUCCUUUGCUGUUUCCGGUAGUAGAAGAGUCAGCAUUGUUUUAUCGGAAAAUAAGAGGAAAGUUAAGUUAUUCGAAAUGGAAGCUGAAGAGGAGGACGAUGAAGAGGCUGAUGCCAGUAGCAGCAUGUUGAAAGAUGAUAGUGUGCAGGAAAAUGUAGCUGAAUAAAAAUAUUAGAAGUUAUUUUGGAAAAUUUUCGCAAUAAAACAAAGGAACAUAAGAUCACCGAUGCAAUUCUAUAUUUCGCUCAUCCGAAAGAAAAGUGUCACAACUUAAAAGACAACUUUUUUCGGGAGAGACAAAAAUUGAUUUAUUAGAUCUUAAUUUAGCUGUCAGUUUCAAACGGCAACUGGUAAAAUUUUUAAAUCAAAAACGAAGAAUAUGGAUAAGUGAAGAAAAACCAAAAAGCUGUGAUAUCUGAUCUAACAAAAAAAAAACAGAUCACAUUUUGAGUUAUGUCACUUUUCUUUUAAAAUAUUGAUCACUUAUUUGAACAUUAACAAAAAUACCCAGGACACUUCUCGAAAUACAACGGUUUUCGUAAUAAAUAACCAUACUUUCACGUCGAACAUCAGAGUAUAACCUCAAAAGUGUCAUUGUUUCCGAAUAAAAAUAUUCAUUUUACUGCCAAAUGAAUAAUGACCGUACAGCCAUCUUACGAAGUUAGAAGUAGCCUAUGUGACACUUUUCCUGGUAAAAGUAUAGGAUUUUUGGAGUCAUUUUAACAAGAUAUCUGGAAAAAUGCAUUUUUUGAGUUGUGCCACUUUUCUUCCUGACGAGCGAUUUAUGGUUUUCUUACAUUUUAACACAGAUUUACAUGAUGGUAUCUAAAUCUAUCAUUUAUUUUGUAUUCAUAUAAAUUUUUUAAGACUUAUCUACUGUUUGUUCAUACCUUUGUUGCUUAUUGUCUUUUGUAUUAAUACUUUGUGGAAGAAAACCUUUUUAUUUUUAAUGUAAUGUAAAAAAAUGUGAAUUCGCUUUAGUUUUAUAUGAGUCAAAUUGUUUAUUGUAUUUCAUAACUAGCUGUUAAGCGUUUUUUAAAUAAAUUGUACAUAUUAAUCCAAAA